AUGGCGGGCAACAUCAAGUACGACUCCGACUUCUGGAAGGCGUUCGAGCCGUUUGCGGCCAUGCCGCGGCCCGUAGCCGACGAUGCCCUCACACAGCGCGCAAACAGCAACGCCACCCUGGAGCUAGUGUUCGCCAUGAUCCCAGAGACGCCCGGCGUUGAAGAAACCGAGUUCAAGUACCAGACCAAGGAUGGCACGACGCUGACCAUGUACCGCUUUACCAAGUCCGCUAUAGUCGCGGGCGUCGAAAAAGUUGAAAAGCCGUCAUCCAGGCCGGCGGUGCUGUUUGUGCAUGGCGGCGGGUUCAUAUCCGGCAGCGUGCCCGUCUUUCGCAAUGCAAUUACAUAUUACGUGGCAAAAACGGGCAUUCCCUUCUUUGCCCCAGGGUACCGCGUAGCUCCGGAAAAUCCGUUCCCAGGGCCCGUGGACGACGUUUAUGCCGGGCUCGAGUGGCUGCGUGACCAUGCAAAGGAGCAAGACGUUGACCCCACGCGAAUCGCCGUCUUCGGCCCCAGCGCUGGGGGCGGCCUUGCCGCCGGAGUCACGCUUCUGGCGCGCGACAAGGGCUUUACGCCGCCCAUCGCCAAGCUGCUGCUCAUAUACCCCAUGCUAGACGACCGAACUUUCGUUCCGCCCGACAACUUGCUCUCCAAAUUUGUCACAUGGACCCAGAAGAGCAACGAAAUCGGGUGGGACGCAUAUCUCGGCCCAGAUAGAAGCAACGUAUCGCCGUAUGCCGCGCCGGCCAGAGCAACCGAUGUCUCGGGAUUUCCUGUAACCUAUAUCGACUGCGGCAGCCUCGACUUGUUUCGGGACGAGACCCUGGCCUUUGCCGCCAGGCUGGCGGCAGCCAAUAUCGACAUCGAGCUUCAUCUUUACCCCGGUGUUCCUCACGGGUUCGAGGCUCCGUUUUGGGAUACUCCCGUCUCACAGAAGGCACAGGAAAUCCGGGUUUGGGCGUUACGCGAUCUGUAG